AUGGGAUGUGUUAAUUCUAGAAGUGUUGAAACUUAACAAAGGAAAUUCAAAUUAGUUAUUGUAGGAUUAGAAGGUAGCGGUAAAACAACUGUAUUUGAAUACAUCAGAUAAAGAAAAUUUGUGUAGACUAAACCAACAGUUGGUUAGGAAUUAUAAUUAUAAAUAGGUGUAAAUGUUGAUUUUAGCCAUCCCGAAUUCAUGAUUUUUGAUGUUGGAGGAAAAGUACCAAAUUUAUGGAGUAAUUAUUAUGAAAACACAGAUGGCCUGAUAUUUAUAAUUGAUUCUUCAAAUAAAGAGUAGUUAUAUUAAGUCAAAGAGCAAUUGGUAAAGCUGAAUAAAGACUUAGAAUACAUGAAUGUAUUGCUAAUUAAAUGAUAUAGGUAGUAAUUCUGAUCAUGUUUACAAAGCAAGAUUUAUUACAUCUUGAUAAUUAAGUCUUAAUCUAAGAAUGUGGAGUAGUUGGAUAUUUAGAAUAAGAUACUGUAUUCUAAAUGUGUAGUGCCAAAACGGGUGAAGGUGUUCAAGAAGGGAUUUAAAAAUUAAUAAACAUAAUUAAAAAAUAAUAAAAGCUAAACAUUCCAUUACACACCAUUAAAUAACAUUAAAGAAAGAUAGCAGUAUGA